GCGAGUUCUUCCCAAUGAUCAUCUGAUUAGGUGCAAGAGGGGACAUCUGGAGAGUCUCAAGACUUUGGCAUGUAUGGCCCAAGCUCUCCAUUGGUCGCUGUGGACGGCCAAUCACAGCUUGCCGCCCCUGGCGACGCGCGACCAACGCGAAACUUCGAACGCGCUUGAGAUCGCCAGCCUCACUGCUGCGACCGCUUCCCCCCCACGGAACCCAAUCCUGCCCUACACCCGCACGUUGUGCAGGCCUCAGAUACACACGAAGCAAUGGCGCUUCUUACCGAGAAGUCGCUCGUCAACUACGAGGAGCAGCAAGCCGCCUUCGUGGAUUUCCUCCAGAACUUCAAGUCGUCGUCCACGGAAGCUGCCGAUCAGCUCCGGAAUCUGAACCUCAACGGCGAUGGCGACAACGACGAAUACGACAUGCUCGACGAUUCGGACGACCCCGCGCCAAAUGCAGAUCGGAGACGCACCCGGACCAAGGCAAAAUACGUCGAGAUGCUGCAGGACAUUGCAGAUAGGACGAGAUCCAAUGUUCUGAUCGAUCUCAACGACCUGGAGACUUGGGAAAAGGCCGCAGACCCUGAGGGCCAGUUCAAGCUCGUCGAAUCCAUAGAGCGCAAUUGUCACCACUAUAUAGAGAUAUUCUCGAGAGCUGUAGACCAGCUACUGCCUCGGCCUUCAGAGGAGCCAAACUUCAAGGAUGAUGUUUUGGACAUUAUAAUGACCCAACGAUCGAAACGAAAUGAAAAGAUGCAGGAGCAGCAAGGAGGCCAAGACGGGGCUCAGGCACCCCCUGAGCUCAUCUUUCCUCCUGCCCUAACGCGCCGUUAUACUCUAAACUUCAAGCCCAUAAUACCAUCUGGCGCUAGUAGCGAGCGGAGUAUGAAGGCGCUGGCUGUGCGAAACGUCCGCGGAGAACACCUGGGCCAUCUCAUCACCGUUCGAGGGAUUGCCACGAGGGUUUCGGACGUCAAGCCUGCUAUCCAGGUCAACGCCUACUCCUGUGAUCGCUGCGGAUGUGAGGUUUUCCAACCUGUGACGAGCAAACAGUUCACUCCUUUGGCAGAAUGUCCUUCGGAGGAGUGCAAAAAGAAUAAGACCAAGGGUCAACUUUUCUUAUCCACUCGCGCGUCGAAAUUUUUACCCUUCCAGGAGGUCAAGAUCCAAGAAAUGGCAGAUCAAGUACCCGUUGGCCACAUUCCUCGACAGCUGACGAUCCACUGCCACGGCGAUUUGGUACGACAGAUCAACCCUGGCGACGUAAUGGACUGCGCUGGUAUCUUUCUCCCCACCCCUUACACAGGCUUCAAGGCUAUCCGAGCGGGCUUGCUUACCGACACGUACCUGGAAGCGCAGUACGUGAUGCAACACAAAAAAGCGUACGACGAUAUCGUCCUAGCACAACCGACAUUGAAGCGCAUGAACGAAUUAGAGCGGACUGGCCAGCUUUACGAGUACCUGUCUCGUUCAAUUGCGCCUGAAAUCUUUGGCCACGUCGAUGUGAAGAAGGCCCUGCUUCUGCAGCUAAUCGGCGGAGUGACUAAGGAAGUUGGCGACGGCAUGCGCAUCCGUGGUGACAUCAACGUUUGUCUGAUGGGUGAUCCUGGUGUGGCCAAAUCUCAGCUUCUUAAGUACAUCACGAAGGUUGCUCCUCGAGGCGUAUAUACUACUGGUCGCGGAAGCAGUGGAGUUGGUCUUACUGCUGCUGUCAUGCGCGACCCUGUCACGGACGAGAUGGUGCUGGAAGGCGGUGCUCUUGUGCUUGCAGACAACGGCAUGUGCUGCAUCGAUGAGUUCGACAAGAUGGACGACAGUGAUCGGACCGCAAUUCAUGAAGUCAUGGAGCAGCAAACGAUAUCCAUCAGCAAAGCCGGUAUCUCGACUACCCUGAACGCCCGCACCUCGAUCCUAGCGGCGGCUAAUCCUCUAUAUGGCCGCUACAACCCUCGCAUUUCCCCGGUGGAAAACAUCAACCUUCCGGCUGCGCUCUUGUCCCGUUUCGACGUUCUUUUCCUCAUUCUUGAUACCCCUUCGCGAGACUCCGACGAAGAGCUUGCUCGCCACGUCACUCAUGUUCACAUGCACAACCGUCACCCCGAGGCCGCCGGUGGUGUUAUUUUCAGCCCCGCAGAAGUUCGCCAAUGGGUUGCUCGUGCGCGUUCAUACCGUCCCACGAUUCCAAAGGAGGUGUCAGAUUAUCUAGUGGGAGCCUUCGUCCGCAUGCGACAGCAACAGAAACGGGAUGAGGGCACUAAGAAAGCCUUCACGCAUACUUCGGCGCGUACACUGCUGGGUGUUCUUCGUCUCUCGCAAGCUCUGGCCCGUCUACGGUUUGCUGAGGAGGUCAUUACGGAGGAUGUCGAUGAAGCUCUCAGGCUUAUCGAAGUUAGCAAGGCCAGUUUGUAUGUCGACGAGGGCCGCAGAGAUGAUCACACACCCAGCAGCAAGAUCUACCAUCUCAUCAAAACCAUGGAAGCGAGCGGUGCUGCUGCUGUGGGUGAUGGAAGCCGGGGCGAACUCGACCUGCGCAGAGUUCGGGAGAGGGUGCUUGCCAAGGGUUUUACAGCAGACCAAUUCGAACAAGCGAUCGACGAGUACUCCAUGCUGGAUGUCUGGCAAACAACAGGAGAAGGCACACGACUGGUUUUCAUCGAAGCGGGUAACGAAGAAAUGGAAGACGACGAC